AGAUCCGUGGCCUUCUGCUCAGUCCACACUCGGUCGGAGUCUCCGUCCCCCUGCAGCUGACGCCCGUUCUUUGAUUUCUACAGCCACUCUUCUCACUGCCGAGCCUUAGAGCAACAUCUGCAAAGUUCAAAAUGAGUAUAUUGCCUCCUGUGAUGCUCCAAAGCCCAAAGAGUCAUCCCAGCUUCCUAGAGAAGAUGGUUUGCUCUUCAUCAAAACUUGCAAGGAUUCAUUUGAUCAAAGACAAAGAUGCCAUAGAUCAUUAUUUGGCGAUGAAUAUCAAAGGGUUGUCAAAACAAGAGGCUGCUGCUUACAGGAAUUCAUACAAGAAAAACAUCUGCAUAGACAUGCUGCGACAGGGUUAUCACAAGUCCUUCUCGGAGCUCUUCACUCUGAUACAGAAGUGGAAUGCCUUGAGGGAGGCUGCAGGGCCUGGGUCAGCCAUAUGGCAGCAAAAGUCCCUGGAGGAGCAGCCUGAUAAGCUGGAUCAGCUUCACCACUUCCUGACCAGGGCUGAGGCAGCCCAACGAGCAGAAUACUAUGAAGAUGUGUACAUUAACCAGCUUAAUUUGGCCUAUUGCUUCAACAACCCUGAAGACAAAUGGUUAAGGAAUUACUUCUAUGAACAAUGUUUUAACACUGCUCAACUGAUCAAAAUUGAUGGGGGGAAAAAAGAGGCUGAGGCACAUGCAAAUAUGGGCCUUGUCAAUGAGGAACAAGGUCAGUUCAUGAAAGCUGCUGAGCAUUAUGAAGCAUUCUAUCAACUGACAGUAGGGCGGAUAUGGAAGGAUGAGACAAGCCAUACUUACAACUCACUGGCCUGUGAGCAUCUCUGGAGAAUUUACACAUUACUCGCAGACAAAAUGCUAGAAAAUAAAGAACACCAACAGGCCAUCAAAACUCUAAUAAAAGCUUUUGAAAUGGCAAAAGAAGGUGGUGAUAAGAAGAUGGAAGGAGAAGCUGCCUAUUGCUUAGGUUUAGCAUAUCAUUCUGCCGGAGAGGAACAGACAGCAAUAUUAAAUCUGAACACCUACAUAGAAAUUUCCACAGCACUGUGUGAUAUGGUUGGCCUAGGUAGAGCAUAUCAAGCUAUAGCCAAGGUCCUGGUAAGCCAGGGAAAAGUGACUGAGGCUAUUAAGUACUUGGAAGAGUUUGUGAAGGUUGCCAAGAGUGCUUAUCUAAGCCGCAGCCUUGUGGAUGCAUGUGUAUUCCUUGGAGAUAUCUACAAUGAAAAAGGAAACUAUAACAAGGCCUGUGAAUAUUUCAGUCAGGCUUUUGAGGCAGCAAACACUCUAACUAAUUUGCCCUUGGUGGAUGAAACAAAGGUUUAUUAUGGCAUUGCAAAAGCUCAUAACAUGAUGGUGGCAGUUAACAGCUAUACAGAAACUGCAGAUCCUGUCAGUGUUGAGUACCUGCUGGCAUGGAAGGAGAACAGAAGUGGCAUGUGCACUGACCCUUUUACAGUCGAACUUCCUAAAGAGGCAAGUGUUUUGGAGACCCUUUGAACCACUUCUGAAGACACCAGUUCAAGAACUUCUCUGACAAUUCCAGGUAGAGAAAAAGCUGCCAAAUCCUUUUGAUGAAAUCAAGAAGAUCCUCGUUAGACAACACACACCAAAGUUUGAAUUUCAGCUUUGAAUUUAAACAGGAGCAUAGUUUGGCACUGCAAGCACCCAGACAUCAGAAGUCCUUGCAUGAGUGGUGUCAUGUGCGAUAUGUGUCACAGUGGCUUUUAUCUUAAAUACCUUGUGU